AUGAUAAAAUUUUGUCUAGCUUUUUGGUUCUUUAUCGCCUUGGUGUCAAGUGAGAAAUUUCGUUUUGACAAUUAUUCUUUAUACAAUGUACUUCCCAAAAAUGAAAAUGAAAUUAAAUUACUACAAGAAUUGGCCCAUAAUGAUAUCGAAUAUGAUUUCUGGACUGAACCCGGUCCGUCUGCUGAAUUUGUGAACAUUAUGGCAAGUCCUUCACAAAAAUAUAAUCUGGAAACUCUUUUAAACCUACAUGGAAUUGACUAUAAAGUGACUAUUAAAAACAUUCAAGAAAUAAUUGACAAAGAAACGGUAAAGCCAUACACUCGCAAUAGCAGAUUUAUGACUUGGGAUUCUUAUUACACUUUAAGAGAUAUAGAAAAUUGGAUGAGCGACAUGGCCAAAGCACAUUCUAGCAUAGUCACUGAAAUAGUUGGGGGAGUCUCUUAUGAAAGAAGACCAAUUAAAGGCCUUAAAAUUUCACACGGUACUGGAAGACAAGUCAUAUUUAUUGAAUCCGGUAUUCAUUCCCGGGAAUGGAUAACAAUGGCUACAACUUGUUACAUAAUUAACGAGCUCUUAACAAGUAAUGAUGAAGAAACUAAAGCUGCUGCUAGAGAUUUUGAUUGGUACAUCUUCCCUGUUACCAAUCCUGAUGGUUACGUGUGGACUCAUACCGAAGAUAGGCUGUGGCGUAAAAAUAGAAGACCUCAAAGAGGUGACAUUGGCGUAGAUCUAAAUAGAAAUUGGAAUAAUAACUGGCUGGUAAUAGGAGCUAGUGCCAAUCCGUCUUCAAAUAAUUUUGCUGGAAUCGGGCCGUUUUCUGAACCCGAAACAAGAACACUUUCUGAGUAUAUCAGAUCGAUCGAUAAUAUUGAGAUGUACUUAACUUUCCACUCUGCCGGUCAAAUCCUGUUAAUCCCUUUUGGCAACACUACUGAGCCCUUGGCCAAUUAUCACGACGCGCUAAAUAUUGGAAGAAGAGCAAUGGGAGCAUUGUCUGUACGAUACGGCACGCAAUAUACUUCAGGAAACAUUGCUGAAGCUAUUUACCAUGCUUCAGGCAGUAGCAUGGACUGGGUGAAAGAAGUAUUGCAUGUCCCUUUAGCAUAUUGCUAUGAGUUCCGUGACAGAGGCCAAUUCGGACAUCUACUUCCUCCUGAUCAGAUUCUUCCCAACAGUCAAGAAGUCAUGGAUUCUUUAAUAGAACUCAUUCACCAGGGAAAAAGAUUCGGUUAUUUUAACAACAGCGAUGUUGUCAAGGCAUCCAUGUUGUCGACAUCAUGUUUAGUUAUUGUUUUGAAAUGUUUUAUGUAA